AUGGCCAAGAGCUCGACCGCAGACCCCGCGCAAGGCUUUGACGCGUACAUCACGUCCGGCGGCACGUCAGAGAUUGAGAUUGGCGCCGUCACUGGCGGCUGGACGAGCUUCAGCGCCACACUUGCGGGAACCGGAGCUGACAACCCUGGUACCGUUCAAGGCCUGACUGAGGACCAGCUGAACAAGGCUGUGAGCCUCUACUACAGCAACACAUCGAGCUUUCAGCUUAGAGUCCGCCUGUUCCCUCCCCCCGCCUUCAAUGCAACCUUCACCGACACCGGGAGGAACAUCUUGCUGUCGGGCGUGCUGCUCGACCUCCGCGCCGCCACCACGUACCAGGACUCGAGCUUGUUCGACAAGCAGGCGCCCGUGAGCGACCUGUCAUACGCCGACAGCACGACGGGACGGCCGUGGGCCGAGUGCGGCCAAUACACAAGCCAAUGGUGGGGCGUCGACCUCGGGAGCGAGGUGUAUGUGCGCUACGUGCGGCUGCAGAACCGCAACGACUGCUGCGCGGAGCGGCUGACGGACGUCGACAUCUAUCUCGGCUCGACGGCGGAGACGUACACGGGCAACGCGCUGGUGAAGUCAGACGUGAGCGUGUUGUCGAACGUGAUGUUGGAGGUGGAGAUCAACGCGUUGGGGCGCUACAUCUACCUCAACCGGCCGUCUGCGGCGGGGCUGACGGUGUGCAAGUUCUACGUCUUCGCUUCGCCCGCGCCGCCGCCGUCACCAUCACCGCCUCCACCGCCGCCGCCUCCCUCCGCCUCGCCCUCGCCGCCGCCUCCCUCGGCAUCACCCUCGCCGCCGCCUCCCUCCGCCUCACCGUCGCCCCCGCCGUCGCCGCUUCCUCCGCCGCCAUCGCCGCCGCCGCCAUCGCCGCCGCCGUCGCCGCUUCCUCCGCCGCCAUCGCCGCCGCCGCCGCCAUCACCACCGCCGCCGUCGCCGCCGCCGUCGCCGCCACCGCCGCUUCCACCGCCGCCGUUAUCGCCGCCGCCGCCGCUUCCUCCGCCGCCAUCGCCCCCGCCGCCCAUCGCCGUCGCCCCCGCCGCCCUCAGCAUCGCCGUCGCCCCCGCCGCCAUCCGUGUCGCCGUCGCCGCCGCCUCCCUCGGCAUCGCCCUCGCCCCCGCCGCCGCCCGCCUCACCAUCGCCACCGCCUCCGUCCGCGUCGCCCUCGCCGCCGCCUCCUUCCGCCUCGCCGUCGCCGCCGCCGCCGUCCGCCUCGCCCUCUCCGCCGCCGCCCUCAGCAUCGCCGUCGCCCCCGCCGCCCCCAGCAUCGCCGUCACCGCCGCCGGCAUCCUUGUCGCCGUCGCCGCCGCCUCCCUCGGCAUCGCCCUCGCCGCCGCCGCCGUCAGCCUCGCCAUCGCCGCCGCCUCCCUCGACCUCGCCGUCACCACCGCCUCCGUCCGCCUCGCCCUCGCCGCCGCCUCCCUCCACCUCACCGUCACCACCGCCUCCGUCUCCACCCCCGCCCUCGCCGCCGCCUCCCUCCACCUCACCGUCACCACCGCCUCCGUCUCCACCCCCGCCCUCGCCGCCGCCUCCCUCCUCGUCGCCGGUUUCUUCGUCCUCAACAUUCGCGGCGAGGUGGACACCAUCCUCAACUUCACAUUCGUCGACGACAACUCGCAGGACCCGGUGACGGUGCCGAAUUUCGUGAUCUCCAUCUACGACUUUGACAGGGGCUGCAGCGGCCAGUCGGCUGGCUUGCGUAACAAAACGUGCGAUGGCGGCAGCUUUGAUCUCGGCGAGGUUGUGAUGGCCAAGAGCUCGACCGCAGACCCCGCGCAAGGCUUUGACGCGUACAUCACGUCCGGCGGCACGUCAGAGGUUGAGAUUGGCGCCGUCACUGGCGGCUGGACGAGCUUCAGCGCCACACUUGCGGGAAGCGGAGCUGACAACCCUGGUACCGUUCAAGGCCUGACUGAGGACCAGCUGAACAAGGCUGUGAGCCUCUACUACAGCAACACAUCGAGCUUUCAGCUUAGAGUCCGCCUGUUCCCUCCCCCCGCCUUCAAUGCAACCUUAACCGACACCGGGAGGAACAUCUUGCUGUCGGGCGUGGUGUUGGACUUUCCGGGUUGUCCGCCACCUAUACCGCCGUCCGCCUCGCCCUCGCCGCCGCCUCCGUCCGCCUCACCAUCGCCACCGCCUCCCUCCGCCUCGCCCUCGCCGCCGCCUCCCUCUGCCUCACCAUCUCCGCCGCCGCCCUCAGCAUCGCCGUCGCCCCCGCCGCCGUCCGUCUCGCCCUCGCCGCCGCCGCCCCCAGCAUCGCCGUCACCCCCGCCGGCAUCCGUGUCGCCGUCGCCGCCGCCUCCCUCGGCAUCGCCCUCGCCCCCGCCGCCGUCCGCCUCACCAUCGCCACCGCCUCCGUCCGCCUCGCCCUCGCCGCCGCCUCCUUCCGCCUCGCCGUCGCCGCCGCCUCCGUCCGCGUCGCCCUCGCCGCCGCCUCCCUCCGCCUCUCCCUCCCCGCCACCUCCUUCCGCGUCGCCGUCGCCACCGCCUCCCUCCGCCUCUCCCUCCCCGCCGCUGUCCGCCUCGCCGCCGCCGCUGCCGCCUCUGCCGCCGCCUCCCUCCGCCCUGCCUGCGCCGCCGCCGUCCGCCUCGCCGUCGCCGCCGCCGCCUGACGUGCAGCUGCUCGACCUCCGCGCCGCCACCACGUACCAGGACUCGAGCUUGUUCGACAAGCAGGCGCCCGUGAGCGACCUGUCAUUCGCCGACAGCACGACGGGACGGCCGUGGGCCGAGUGCGGCCAAUACACAAGCCAAUGGUGGGGCGUCGACCUCGGGAGCGAGGUGUAUGUGCGCUACGUGCGGCUGCAGAACCGCAACGACUGCUGCCCGGAGCGGCUGACGGACGUCGACAUCUAUCUCGGCUCGACGGCGGAGACGUACACGGGCAACGCGCUGGUGAACAUCGCCGUCGACCCCGCCGCCAUCCGUGUCACCGUCGCCGCCGCCUCCCUCGGCAUCGCCCUCGCCGCCGCCGCCGUCCGCCUCACCAUCGCCACCGAAGCCACCCGCCUCACCAUCGCCGCCGCCUCCUUCCGCAUCGCCGUCGCCACCGCCUCCGUCCGCCUCGCCCUCGCCGCCACCUCCUUCCGCCUCGCCGUCGCCACCGCCUCCGUCCGCGUCGCCCUCGCCGCCGCCACCCUCCGCCUCACCAUCUCCGCCGCCUCCGUCCGCCUCGCCCUCGCCGCCGCCUCCCUCGACCUCGCCGUCACCACCGCCUCCGUCCGCCUCGCCCUCGCCGCCGCCUCCCUCCACCUCACCGUCACCACCGCCUCCGUCUCCACCCCCGCCCUCGCCGCCGCCUCCCUCCUCGCCGCCGUCCCCGCCUCCCUCCUCGUCGCCGUCCCCGCCUCCCCCGUCUUUGCCUGA